CUGUGGGCCGGGGCCUCCUUUUAACCAUAAUAAUGGGCUAGAGCUUUGACCAGUCAAAAUUAAGCCCAUUGCUGAAAAAGGGUAAAAAUGUCAGAAAGGUACAACGCUCGUAAUAUUAUUUCGAAAUAUCUGUUACACAGUAUAAAUUCUCUGCCGCAGGCAGUCAUACUGAAGAAACUCGAGCUUCCAAAAUGCUCUAAAUCUUUCUGACCAAAUUUUUUUGACUUGAAAAAAAGAAUAAACAAUUCGUAGCAAUUUUGUUGCGAUUUCGCCUCCAUUUUUUUCAGAUUGAUCGUCUCUUGCAUUUUCAGUCAGGACUUCAUUGAGCCAAACUGGCUGUAGUCAUUUAUCAGAGAGCGCUGGGAUGCUAACGUAAUCAUAUUCAUAUUUCUUCGUAAUGGCUUCAAGAGCAAUACUACGAAAGAGAAAUUCCCUUCUUGAUUCUGUUAAGCGGCCCCCUUACCUGGUCAAAGGCUUUUUGUAUUCCGAACAAGGUAAAUUAUUAGAUACUCCUGAAACAAAGUUUUGCGAUAGACCUGUGAAUCCUUCAUCUUCUGGUGCACACUGGGGAGAUAAAGAAGGUCUAUAUUCUCUAACCAAGCACCCUGCACAACGUACUUUGACAAAUAAAUAUGCUGGCUAUAAUUGUUAUGGUGUCCCAACUAUGCGCCGUGAGAUUGGGAAACCUGUCGAGUUUAUCGGAUUUCGGUGGACGACCGAUUACGCACGGUAUCUUUCUACUGCUGCAGCUGGUAAGCCUGUAUUAGGAGGCGGUGAUGAUAAGCAAGAAGAACCAGCGAUUAAGCAGAAGAAGGAUCCUUCGCCAGAAGAGUGUGACCAGGCAGUUGAAGGUUUGAGCACUGUUAAAGCCAAAGCCAAAGCUAAAGCCAAAGAGAAGCAGCUGCAAGAUUCCCAAAAGGGUCCUAGCCUCAUACUGAAGAGGAUAUGGGCAAUGCUUUUAGGAAUUGGUCCGGCUUUAAGAUCUAUUGCCUCUAUGAGCAGGGAAGAUUGGGGAAAAAAGUUAAUUCACUGGAAGGAUGAGUUCAAAUCUACGAUGCAACACUACUGGUUGGGUACAAAGCUACUAUGGGCUGACUCUAGAAUAAGCUUGAGGCUUUUGUUGAAACUUGCUAGUGGGAAGACUCUAUCCAGGAGAGAGAGGCAACAGCUCACACGAACAACAGCCGACAUUUUCAGGCUAGUUCCUGUUGCCGUCUUCAUUAUAGUUCCAUUUAUGGAGUUCCUGCUGCCUGUUUUCCUGAAACUGUUCCCGAACAUGUUACCAUCAACCUUCCAGGACAAGAUGAAAGAACAGGAGGCCCUGAAAAAGAGGCUAAAUGCGAGGAUAGAAUAUGCAAAGUUUCUUCAAGAGACAGUAAAAGAAAUGGCGAAAGAAGUUCAGAACUCAAGAAGUGGAGAAAUAAAGAAAACUGCUGAAGAUCUUGAUCAAUUUAUGAACAAGGUCAGGACAGGGGCUCGUGUCGCUAAUGAAGAAAUCUUGGGCUUUGCCAAGUUGUUUAAUGAUGAGCUCACUCUGGAUAACAUCAGCAGACCCCGAUUGAUGACUAUGUGCAAAUAUAUGGGUAUCAUUACUUAUGGUACAGAUGCAUAUUUACGCUACAUGCUUCGAAGCAAGCUUCAGAAGAUAAAGGAAGAUGAUAAAAUGAUUCAAGCUGAGGGCAUAGAAUCCCUUUCAGAGGAGGAGCUUCGCCAAGCAUGCCGGGAUCGUGGAUUACUUGGACUUCUCUCAGUUGAUGAAAUGAGAAAACAGCUGCGAGAUUGGCUGGACUUAUCUCUCAACCAUUCAGUGCCAUCAUCUUUACUAAUUCUGUCUAGAGCAUUCAGUGUCUCUGGUAAAGUGAAGCCAGAGGAAGCUGUUCAAGCUACUCUCUCAUCUCUGCCUGAUGAAGUGGUGGAUACUGUUGGAGUAACAGCUUUGCCUUCUGAAGAUUCCAUCUCGGAAAGGAGAAGGAAAUUAGAGUUCCUGGAAAUGCAAGAAGAAUUAAUCAAGGAGGAGGAAGAAAAAGAAGAGGAAGAGCAGGCUAGGUUGAAUGAAUCUGCUGCAAGGCAGAAGGAUGUGGCCUUGGAAGAGAUGGUGACAUCAACUGCAAAAGAAGUUGAAGAACGUGAAAAGGCAAAAGCUUUGGAUAAGCAAGAGCAACUUUGCGAGCUGAGUCGUGCGUUGGCUGUAUUAGCAUCAGCAUCAUCUGUGAGCAAGGAGCGUGAAGAGUUCUUAAGACUUGUCAACAAAGAGAUUGGGCUGUAUAAUAACAUGGUGGAGAAAGAGGGUACUGAAGGAGAAAAGGAAGCUAAAAAGGCAUAUACAGCAGCUAGAGAGGAAAGUGAUCAUGCUGCCGAGAAGACUGUAGGCGAUAAAGUCUCUACAGCACUCAUAAACAGGGUUGAUGCUAUGCUCCACAAGCUUGAAAAGGAGAUUGAUGACGUAGAUGCCAAAAUUGGCGACCGGUGGCGGUUGCUUGAUAGGGAUUAUGAUGGCAAAGUGACUCCUGAGGAGGUUGCGUCUGCUGCUUCGUACCUGAAAGACACCUUAGAUAAGGAGGGAAUUCAAGAACUCAUCGGCAAACUGUCCAAGGAUAGAGAUGGAAAAAUUCUCGUGGAAGACAUAAUCAAGUUAGCAGACGAAGCAGAAGAAGCCGAAGCUGCUGAAGCAGGAAAAUCAUAAGAGAAUUUCUCUCUGUCAGCAAAUUCUCUGGUUUUGUUGACUUCUACGGACUGUUAUCAUUUGCCGUUGAUAUAUCCAAACACGACACAUGGGUGAGAACUUGACAUUUUAAUGCGGUUUUUUAUUUAUUUUUGGCCGACUUAAAUAGAAACAAUAAAUGUUGUACAUUUCACAAUUUUAGCAAGUGGAAGCAACUGAAUAUCUACAUAAGCAUACAUGGUCAAGACAUUGACUACUGUCUGUGUAUGUUGUAAUUCUUUGUAAAUGAGAUAAUGGUUCUGAGAAUUGAGAAGUACUAAGAGUAAUAACUCGUUUGCUAUUUUCUAUCCGGAUUUUACGAUGAUAAUCGCAAAUGUUUCA